AUGAAAAUGAUGUGGUUUCUUUCAAAAGUUCUCGGUGAUGAAUUUGUCAAUGCUAUCAACAUGAGUCCCGACGAAGUUGCUGUCAUGACGGAAAUUGCCUCAAACAGACCUAGGAAUAAGGAAGAGGUGGUUCUCUAAGU